UCUUGCUAUCCUCGUUGCCAACAUCUCCCUUUCCGACAAACUGACCUUGGACAAGGUGGACCUGAAGGGGAAAAGGGUCAUCAUGAGAGUGGAUUUUAAUGUUCCCAUGAAGAACAAAGAGAUAACCAACAAUCAGAGAAUCAAAGCUGCUCUUCCUAGCAUCAACUACUGUUUGGAUAAUGGAGCCAAGUCUGUUGUUCUCAUGAGCCACUUGGGCAGGCCUGAUGGUAUCCCUAUGCCUGAGAAGUACUCUUUGGUGCCAGUGGCUGUGGAGCUCAAAUCCUUGAUGGGCAAAGAUGUUCUGUUUCUGAAGGAUUGUGUGGGUCCAGAAGUGGAGAAAGCCUGUGCUAACCCACCCAAUGGUUCCAUCAUUUUGCUGGAGAAUCUCCGCUUCCAUGUAGAAGAAGAAGGGAAAGCCAAAGAUGCUUCUGGGAACAAGAUCAAAGUGGAUCCAGCCAAAGUAGAAGCCUUCCAAGCUUCCCUUUCUAAGCUGGGGGAUAUCUAUGUCAAUGAUGCUUUUGGUACUGCUCACCAUGCCCACAGUUCCAUGGUGGGAGUGAAUCUGCCCCAGAUAGCAAGUGGUUUCCUCAUGAAGGAGCUGACUUAUUUUGCCAAGGCCCUGGAGAGCCCAGAGAGGCCCUUCUUAGCCAUCUUGGGCGGAGCUAAAGUGGCGGACAAGAUCCAGCUGAUCAACAAUAUGCUAGACAAAGUCAAUGAAAUAAUCAUUGGUGGUGGGAUGGGUUUCACCUUCCUCAAGGUGCUCAACAACAUAGAGAUUGGAACUUCUCUUUUUGAUGAAGAGGGGGCCAAGAUCGUCAAAGACCUGAUGGCCAAAGCUGAGAAGAACGGUGUCAAGAUCACCUUGCCUGUUGACUUUGUCACAGCGGACAAGUUUGAUGAGAAUGCCAAGACUGGCCAAGCCACCUUGGCCUCUGGCAUCUCUGCUGGAUGGAAGGGUUUGGACUGUGGCCCUGAGAGCAGCAAGAAGUACGCAGAAGCUGUGGCCCGGGCCAAACAGAUUGUGUGGAAUGGACCUGUUGGAGUAUUUGAAUGGGAACCCUUUGCACGGGGAACCAAAGAGCUAAUGAACAAUGUGGUGGAGGCCACCAGCAGGGGCUGCAUCACUAUCAUAGGUGGUGGGGAUACUGCCACUUGCUGUGCCAAAUGGAACACUGAGGACAAAGUCAGCCAUGUGAGUACUGGGGGUGGUGCCAGUCCGGAGCUGCUGGAGGGCAAAAUCCUCCCUGGGGUGGCUGCUCUGAGCAAUGUCUAAAGGUUAGCACUUUCCUGUCUGCUGGUUUCUGUGUACAACCCAUCAAACUUGACCCUGCAGUGCUUCCUUGUCCCUUUCUCCUUGGCAUUAGGCAAGUUUCUCCCUCAAGACUCAACCAGGGGCCAGAAGAUGGGCCAAUGAGAGCCCCAGAAGCAACUCAUCUCCUCUUGUU